UUCUCUUCUCCGGAGAAAGCCGAGUCGGUAUGCCCGAGCCCGCCAAGUCCGCGCCGGCCCCGAAGAAGGGCUCCAAGAAGGCGGUGACCAAGGCGCAGAAGAAGGACGGCAAGAAGCGCAAGCGCAGCCGCAAGGAGAGCUACUCGGUGUACGUGUACAAGGUGCUGAAGCAGGUGCACCCCGACACGGGCAUCUCGUCCAAGGCCAUGGGCAUCAUGAACUCGUUCGUCAACGACAUCUUCGAGCGCAUCGCGGGCGAGGCGUCGCGCCUGGCGCAUUACAACAAGCGCUCGACCAUCACGUCCAGGGAGAUCCAGACGGCCGUGCGCCUGCUGCUGCCCGGGGAGCUGGCCAAGCACGCCGUGUCCGAGGGCACCAAGGCCGUCACCAAGUACACCAGCUCCAAGUGAGCGUUCUCCGAGGCACCAUCCAACCCAAAGGCUCUUUUCAGAGCCACACGGUUUCACCAGCAGAGCUGUGCGACUGGCA